AUGUCAUAUGCUAUGAUGUUUUACUUACCUGGAUCAACCGUUGUCCUAAACACUGUUGUUGAAAACGGCAAAGGUGCCCUGGUAGUUGUUAUAACCGUUGUCGUAGACCCUACAGUCAUCGGUGCUGACAUGGUCGUCGUUGUGGACAUCGUCUCUGGUAAAGUGGAAGCCGACGUAGCUGUAGUAAGUACAGUGGACUCAUAA